AGAGGGGAAAAACACGAAGGCCCGAGCGCCCAACGUCCGACGGAUAAGGCCAGUGAAGUCGAGAAGGACGGUCUCUGGGGUGUGUGGGAAUUACUCACUGCCACUUGUAAUAAUAGCGUCACCAUCUACAGCAGCAACUCUCUCAUGGAGUUCUUCCUCUUGGCUUCACAGCUUUGGUAGACACUCCGGUGAAAUCUCCAAGUUGCCAGACAGAAGAAUGCCCAUGCUGAUUUGGGCUCAAAAGAAAGCCAAAAAGACAAGAAAGAUUUGGGGAAAAAGGGACAGUUGAUUGAUAUGAAGGCUGGGUAUUACAGGAAUUAUUCUGCCGUGGGCAAGGCCCAGAUUGUCACUUCUGUUCUGCUGAAGUUUGUUACUUUAUCUCUGUGUUUAUUUUGGUUGUUCAUAAUUUUGUAUUAAAUUAUCUUCACUUUGUUGUGAGGGUCAGGGUAGAGUCAGAAUUGUUUUGGAAGCAAGUGUUUUAAAAGCAGCCCAACAUACAUUUGCUCAGAAAAUAUAUCAAAGUAUAAAUGCUGCCAUAUAUAAGUGGACAUAAUGGAAUAAAUAGAUAUGGGAAGCUGGAAGAGUUUUUUGAAAAAUGUUACAUUAUUACAUCUACUUAAGAAGAAAAAAAAAACAAGGUGAUAAUACUGCAUCUUCAACUUCAAUGAUUUUGUGUUUUUCUUUUUUUCUUUCUUUUUUUUCUUUCUUUUUUUUCUUUUUUUGUGCAUAUGAAAGUUCAAAGUUCUCUCACUUUCUUGUGUUGGGUUAAAAAGACAUAUACUUGUUUGGGAUCGUACAAUCCGAUUGAACAUGUAAGACAUUGGAUGGUUUAUGCAUAUGUGAGACACUCGGAAUAUCAAUGCAUAUUGUAAGAAAUGUUUUAAGCUUGAACAUGGUAAUGAUAACGUGAUGGGGCUAAUCCAUGGGAUGGACUGAACAAGAAGCUAUCAAGUGUCUCUUCUCUUCUAGACAUGCUAGGCAGACGGAGAUUAACAAGAAGCUGACGAUACUACCGAUACAAAGAGGAGGGCUGAAAAGAAAACUUAUGACACUAAGAGGGGUGCUUUUAUAAAUGAAGGGAAAUGCAGAUGGAAGAGGAAAGAAUUUAUGCUGAGAAAAAACGGGAAAAAGAAGAGGCACAGCAGCUUGCUCUUAUUUUUGAAACUGUUGGAGCUUUCAAGGUGAAGCGCAAAGGUGGAAAGGGAAAACAAAUAUUUGGAAGUGUAACCUCUCAAGAUCUUGUCAACAUCAUCAAGGCACAGCUUCAGAGGGACGUGGACAAGCGUAUUAUUCUUCCAGAAAUUAGGCAAACAGGAGAAUAUAUUGCUGAACUUAAGCUUCAUCCUGAAGUUACUGCUUGGUUGAGGUUGAAUGUUUAUGCUAAGGAAUAGCAUCUUUUGGGAGCACACUCUUUCAAUGGAUGAUUCAUUGAUUUGUAUGAGCAACUUGCAUCAUUCUAAGGUAUAUGAGCUAAUCAAAAUUGUUUCAAACGUGUAAUGGUAUCCUGAGGUUCCGUGUGAGGGGCUGGGAGUUGCCAGAGUACCGAGGAAGAGGAAACAUUUUCUUAUUUAUGAAAUAAUGUAAUUAUUGCUCACCCGAAAAUGCAGAAUUUCAUUUCAACAGAUACAACUUUCAGUUCAAUGAUGUCACUUAUGUGUAUUACUCGGUUCUGAUUUUUGUCCUAAAAUGACCAAAUUUUCAGUUGUAUUAUAUUUCCUUAAAUUUUCUGUAA